AUGGAACAGCUACGAGAACUGGGCACCGCAAUCAAGGACAUCAUCGGCCCGACGAUGAAGACAUACGAGCCUCUGCUCCUCAAGAAUGCCGACCACAUCCGAUCCAUCCAAAAGGACAAGACAACUCACACCUACGGCCCACACGAACGCCAGCAACUCGACGUCUAUCCAGCACCAAAUGCAAGUCUCAUCAACGGCAGACACCCGGUCCUGAUGUUCUUCUACGGUGGCGGGCUCGUCUCAGGCAACAAGACCUUACCAGGCUACGCCGGAGACCUAUGCCACGCCAACAUCGCAUCCUUCUUCGGCCAGAAAUACGGCUACACGACCGUCAUCCCUGACUAUCGUCUGGUCAAUGCGCACGACGCAAAGUUUCCAUCCGGUGGCGAAGAUGUAGCUUUGUCGGUGGAGUGGGUCUUCGAGAAUGCCGGCAUGUUUGGCCCAGAGCCGAUCGAUCUCUUCCUCAUGGGCAACUCGGCGGGCGGAAUCCAUUGUAGCACAUUCCUUCUCCACCCAGAUUUCCAAUCGACAAGGCAGAAGCUACUCGGUGGGAACGGAACCAGGCUGAGAGGCUGUACCCUCCUCUCUGUCCCUUUCGAAUUCAGUCAAUCAGAUGCAAGCAGAGCAGAAGUCCUGCGGACCUAUUUUGGUGAUGCACAGCAGAACUCGCCUCUGGGUCUCCUCAGGACCGCCCGUGAAAAUCAAACCCUGGAUUUCUUGGACUCUGGCUUGCGAGUGUUCGUCCUGAACGGUGAACUGGAUCCCGUCAAUGAGAUAAUGAAACCCCGAGACGACUUUGUUCAAGAAUGGCUUGCGAUUGGUACCGUUCAGAGCCGUACGUCCCUGGCAGUUGACAUGAUGCCGGGUCAGAACCACAUCAGUCCCUUCUGCAGCCUUGGCACAGGCUUGGAACAGGAGGAAGCUUGGGGAUAUCAAGUUGCAGCUUUCUGUGACAGCAUCAGGAAGUUUGCACCGUGA